AUGCCCUCCACGGACAAUCACUCUCUCUCAUCGCAUGAAACUCGGCAACAAAAGUUGAAACCGAACUCAGACAACCGAGCAACCCUAACUGAAUACCAGAUGCCACCAUUCGCGAGAGCAGCCAUUGCGCAAGCCGCAAUAACAUUUGCAGCAAGAGUCCCGAACGGCAUCCAUUUUGCCAUGCCAUUUUUACCCAAGCCACGCCCGUUAAAACGGGCCAAGAACCACCUGGCCCACACGCCAAAAGGGCCCACCAAGCAGCCCAAGAACAGCUGGGCCCUAUUGCCACCUUCUUCAAAUUCUUUCGCUGCUAAGGUUCCGAACAAACCCCACAACAUUACCAGCAUCAGUAAAAGAAUCACCAUGAAUGUCACCAAAAAACGAGACUCGUUCGAAGUAUAUGGAUUGAGGCACGUUUUUGUGCUGUAA